AUGCUCAAUCUGGCCCAGCUCCAAAGCCAAACUCGUGAGCUUUUAGCAGCCCUCAAGCAGCUCACGGAGCAUUGUCCUUCGGCCGUCGCUGGAACGACUGAAGGCAUGAUCCCAGGGCUUUCACCGUGGUCAACGACUGGGGAAUCGGGGGAGGCGACCCGAGCACGAGAGACGGUACUGAAAUGUCUUGCGAAGCUGCAAGUUUCGCUGGCAGGUCCGAUUGAUGUCCUCCAGCACAUGGCGAGCCAGACCCAGCUUCUUGCGUGCUUACAAUGGCUAGGAGAGUUCCAAGUGCCAGCCUGCAUCCCGCUCGACGGCAGUGCCUCCAUCAAAGAUGUCGCGGAGCUCAUUGGCCCGGAACUUGGGCACGUGGCUCACAGUCCGUUGUCGGCUGCUUUCGUGACGAAUCCCUCUUACCUUGACGCCGCGAUGUUCCUGGCUAGAAUCACAACUCCCGCUGCCCUGAACAUGCCCUCAAUCACUCGACAGCGCACAGCCGGCAUGUGUGAACGGGUAAAUCAAGUUGAACAAAACAAUAAUAUUAUCAAUAUGGUUACCUCUUCCACCCUCGACGAGACGGCCCUGCCUCGGCUGGAGCGGCAGUGGUAUGCGUAUCUACGAUUUGGCACCGGAAACCUAUGUGACACGGCCACAGAUAUUAUAUCCUGUUUGAACUCAUUCCAAGGCACCAGCGCGACAGUGGUCGAGGUGGGAGCGCGUUCAUUGGACCGUGCGAUGACGCUUGCUAAUCGAUACCCUACGCUCCGGUUCAUCAUUCAAAUUCACCUGCCCAGCUCUGCGUCUGGUAGCGGCAAAGAUGAGGCCAAGUAUGACCGUACGCGGGCCAUCCGCUCCCAUUCGCAGAUCACAGUGCAGUAUCGCACACCGGGUACGCCCCAGCAGAUUCAAGACGCGGCGGUCUAUAUCAUCAACUUUCCCCUCCCGUUCCCGGGCGUGUCAUCAUGCUCCAUCUCCGCGCAGCUCGAGACGGAGCUGCGAGCACAUUUGCAGGCGUUGCGCUUGAGCCCGGCAGCGACGCUGGUUCUCACAGCACCCGCGCUGCCUGAGCGGGGGGCGAGGGGCACCGAGGUGGCGGUGCUCACUCGUAUUCGCGACCUCUCUUUUUUGCAGCUCGCCAACGAUCGGGAGCCGGAAAUCUCAGAGCUAAUCAAUCUGUUGAACGGGGUGGGUGACAGUGAGGGUCGGUUUGUCGUGGUGAAAAAGGUGAAAUCCACAGCAAAUAACGGCGCCAUUGGUCUAGAGCUCAAGUAUCAGGAGUAUGCAGACCGGCAGUAG